AUGGAUAUCUCCUUUCAAGUCGACCAGAGCGCCAACACAGCGUUGGUAGGCGGUAGCCUCUCUGGAAAUGUGAUCCUGAAAGCCAGUAAACAGAUUCGAGCCGACAAAAUAUCUUUGUAUUUCAAAGGCAAGGAGUACACUACCGUGCGUCACGACCAUCAUUUCGCUACUGACCAACAUCAGUUCUUGCGCUUGGAUCUUGAAAUUCCGAACGAAAGAUCGAUCAUUGUAGAGAAAACAGUGGAACCUGGUACCUAUGAGAUUCCCUUCUCCUUCCAAAUUCCUGUAACCGUGCCACCCAGCAUGGAAGUGAAGCAGAGGCGUGGAUUGCACAGCGAGAGCGCCAAGAUUGGCUAUUUUCUACGGGCCAUCGUGGGUGGAUCCGGUAUCAUCAAGGACUAUGAUUCCAAAUGCGAAAUUAAAGUGGUCUCACCGCCGACUGUAUCGCCUCGCGAGACUGUUGUGCCUCAUGUCGAACAGCCGAUGGUUCAUCCUGUUGGACAUUCUGGCUCUCUUGGAUUGAAACAUGAUGCUGGGGAGAUUACAUGUGGUGUCAAAGUAUUGGACACCGAGCUAGUUAGCGGCCAAGAGCCACAGAUGAUCCUAUCCAUCAUCAACGACAGCACACUUGCUAUAAAGGCUAUCCAGCUGGAUCUCCAGCAGGUCGUAGCAUGGUGGGCUGCUUCCAACAAUCCUCUUCAUGGACCGGCACAGAAACCUUUUCACAGCGCUAGUGCUACCCAAACGCUAACCACCAAAACGAUCCACCUCAACAAGGAAGACGCAUUCACGAAACCAAACAGCAACACUGUCAAACUGAGAUUGCAAGAUCCCAGUCGUCCCCAAGCUAAUCACCAACAAAUUCUGCAGGAAAUAUCCAACGGCGACACCACUGCAAAACAUAUCACACUGCCACCUGUACCCGACCUGUCUCUGACAACAUUUCAAGGGCAAAAGAUUGGCGUGGUUCAUCAAAUUAGCAUUACUCUACAGACGGACGCAAGCUGCCUCUGCCUGGUUCAGGUUGUCCCUGUCAAGAUUCGGUAA